AUGGAGCAUCCGCCCACAGUUGACAAUUUGGGAUCCUGUCAGAGUAGACUCCCAUUAGCCAUUCGGCAAGUAAGCCGAGGCCCAAUCACCUGGUCCCUCUUCCAUGGAUUCCUCGCAGGCCUUGGUCUUUUCCACCGCGCUGACGCCGGACCCGCGGGCGGAACGCGAACGCCCGUGAGGGACAAGGCUCGCUCGGAGCAGCUUGUGUUGCUUCCUGGCCUCACCACUUCAGGCUGCUGCGAGGCAUACCAAACGUCAGGCCUCCAACUGAAGCAAAUCGAGGCUGCCAAGCGCCAGUCGGAUCUUGCCGUCUCAGGGCGCCACGCCGGCAUAUGGAAGACAUCGCUUCCGGCCAGUGAGCAAGUGCGAGAAGUGCGUGGCAAGCGGCUCACAAGCAGCAGCUCGCAGCCGUUUUUUACUUGA